AUGUCGGUAGUAGUCAAGAGUGAUUCUUCUGGUGAUUUUACAUCUAGCCCAAUUAAUUCCAGUUCAGUACGAUCAAAACCAAAGCAUAAACAUAACAAUGCAACAGAAGCAGACACAGUGGUGUAUGGAUUAAAUGACGAGGAUGAAGAGCAGUUUUCGCCUACUGAUUCAGACCAACAAUCACAGAAAAGACAAAAGAUUACACGUAGAUCUGUUGCUUGCAAGAGCUGCCACUCGUUGAAAGUCAAGUGUACUCCCUCAAACCCACAAGAUCCUGGUGCCUCUUGUGUAAGAUGUUUAAACGCAAACAGAAAAUGUGAAAUCGAUCUUAAUCAAACUAGAAAAAGGAGAAAAAAAGCAGAGAUUUUAGAGGCAAAGAAGAAAGAGGCCGAGAAGGAGAUGAAAGAGGUGGAGAAGGAGAUGAAGGAUGCGGUUGUGGAAAAAAAGAUGAAAAAGCCCGCAAGCUUUUCUCAAACACUUCCAUCGCCAGUAGCGAUGCCGCUCGUUCAGACCCGCGCCCUGCUGUCCACAAUACCAUCGAUUCCAAGCAAUUUGAAUCCAGCGAGUUAUAGUCCAUCAGCACCAUCUGUACAAUCUGCACCACCAGUUCCAGCUCCUCCACCACCACCACCACCUCUUUUAAACAUACACCCUCAAUUACCAUCACCCAAGUUUGAUCCCCAGAUUCCACUAUCUAAAGAUCAAGAAAUCGCCAGUUUGAAACAGAGAAUUCGAAUGUUGGAGACACAGUUGAUGCAUAGACACAGAAAAUCCUAUUCACAACAGGGUAUCCAGUCCGAUUCGAGUACAGAUUCCCCACCAUUUAUAUCCAAGUUUGACUUGGAGCAAGAGAUUGCCAUUUUGGGCGAGGCUUCGUCAAAAUUAACUGACGUAACAAAUGAGUUGAACUUGUUGGCUGAUAGGAGAACAAGAAUGUUGAGAAGCUCAAUACCUCCUGAUGUUGUAUCAAAAGGCUUUUUAACAUUAGCAGAAGCAGAUGUACGAUUAAACCUAUACCGGGAUCGUAUUUUGUCUUUUCUCCCAUUAGUGGAAAUUCCAGUACAUUUGAGCGCGGACCAGUUUCGGAUUCAGCAACCAUUCUUGUUCAACGCAAUCAUGUCUGUAAGUAACACAGUAAAUAGAGCAGGCGUUAACCCAGAUCAAGCUCUAGCUUUGGAUAAUGAGGCAAUUCGGUCGGUAUGCGAUGAAGCAAUGGUUGUGGGAACUAAAUCAGUCGAAGUUAUCAAGAGUAUCUUAGUCUUGAGCUUAUACUACAAUUCACCGGAGUUAUUUAGACAACGCAGAUACCAUUUGUUGAAUACCAUUUGCGUGUCGUUAUUGCAUGAUUUGGGUAUUGUCUCUCGACCUACAUAUACAUUUACUGAAGGAACGUUGAAACAGGAUGCAGAACCAAAAACAAGCGAAGAAUACCGUUCAUUGGUUUUGAUCAUCUAUUUCAAUACUGUGAGCAUUUGUCUUAUUUUGAGGAGGUCCAUCUACAUCAAAUGGACCAGCUAUGUUGAAGAGUGUUGUCGUAUUCUCGAAAAUUCGUCGCAAGAAAAGUAUCGGAAGCUAGCACUUUUUGCGAGGAUCAAUUCCGCUUUGGAAAACAUUCACCAUAUCACACAUUCCUCUGAAUUGGAUGACAAAAGGCCAUCAACCUCAAUGUUCAUAGUAUCUGAGUUACAAAAAAGGUUGAUGGAGUUGAGGAAAAAAGUAAAGAAUGAUGAUCAUGUGUUUCUUUCCUACCUUCAUUCGGUAGAAGCUUACCUAUGCGAGCCAAACUUUACCAACAUGUUUAACCGCGACGAUUCUCUGUUGAGCUCAAGAGCCGUAAAGGCAAUUUCAGAUUGUACAAAUUCAUGUCUAGCUGCGCUAAAUGAGUAUACGCAACUAUCGUCCGAUGAAGUAGCACAGAUGCCAUUAGCUUUUGGCUCGCGUGUGAUGUACACUGGUGGUAUGCUUUUAAGAUUGAGGUAUUUGAUCAUGUCAUUGUCAUCACAUAUCGACAAAGAUCUAGUACCUCGAGACGCGGUAAUUAUCAUUCAAAAAGUUUGCCGCUUAGUAGAACAAUCUCACUUACAGCAUCCUGAUAAUCAUUUGCUUAAAAAGACGCGCUUAGUGAUGCAAUUGUUUACGCAAACUUAUGCCACCCAGAUCGAAGAGUUACUUUUCAAAAACAAUUCUACACCUCAAAACCUUAAACCGUUCAACAGCAAUGUGGAAAAGCCGCUUGACAUUUUAUCACUAGCUGCAUACCAUCUGCCCUACCAGCCAAAGAACAGCACACCUCAAGAACAUGAAUUUAGAGACUAUAGGCUACCGCUGAUAUCUAUGGAUUCGCAAAACAUAUACAACACGAUAAACGACGAGUUCUGGAGCAAUUUGAUCAGCACAGAUACAGACCAUGUGAACUUUAUCAAUAGUAAUAACGCUUACGAUGAAAUAUUUUUUAACUAG